CCACUUUCCUAUUUUCGACCUGUUCUCAAACUGGAAUAGGAAAGUGUUUUAGUUUGUUUAUAACAACCCGAAAGUUUGCAUUUCCCGGCAUUCGCUCCGCCCAACCCCCCACCCCACCCGAGGGGGGUUUCCGGCCUUUCUCCACCAUGCCAAUUGCCGCGAUCCCUUUUCUCUGCUCAAGGGAAUACAAACUCCUUGUUAGUGCUUUAUCAAGCAGCAAUCUCACUAAUGCAAAUUGAGAUUCGCGGAGGUUUGGAUUUUAAUAAGGAUUUUUUUUAGUCGCUGGUAAUCAUGCAUUGGUGGCAGGUAGCCUUUUCGUCCUCGUCGAAGACAUUGUCGGACGACGAUAACGUCAUUGUCGACGGGACUUGCAGGUACUUCUUAAAACCCAAACGGCGGAGCCACAACCUAGCGCGCCAGGGGAAAUUACCGAUGGCCACUGGUAAUGACGACGGAGAAACGUGCCGGCCAUCUGGACGUUUUGAGCGUUCCCCGGCCAGGUCGGUGUCUGCGUUGCCUCAGCCGCUGCCACUGCCGGAGUUGCAGUUGCUGAUGCAGCGUGACCCUAAAUUUGCAUCAUCAGGCUGCUGCAACAUGCCCCUACCCCCGCCAGAUUCGGUUCGACAUAGAAGAGGAGGGAGUCUGGACACGAACAGACAAAGAGACGAAGAAAGGCAGAGAACGGACGCGUUGAUUGCUGAUGCCAUUGAUGGACUGAAUGAGCUUAAGAGGCCAGCAAACACGGACAAAUGUAGAACAUUGUGAUACUCGGUCAGCUAAGGAUUUAAAACAGAAGGGAAAUGCCACAAGAAGAUCCUCCAGCAGUUGUAGUAUUAAUUUUCCAAGCAGUGCUCCAUCUAGUCCUUAUUCUAGUCCUACAGUGAGUCCCUCAAAUGGUGAUAUGUUCGCUAUCCAUUACAUUACUCCCCCCAGUGUUUUUCAUGUUUGGUCCGCACCGGAGAUACCACAUUCUGAUGGGAAUCUAGGGUUAAGUUCAUAUUAUCAAAUGUCUUCUGAGAAAACAGCAUCAAGUCUUGAAAAUUCUCCCCGUGAGAGUCCAAGAUUAAGUUUUCGCCUCCUUGGAAUAAGUCCACCAAAGUCUACAUCACCAUUGUCCAUAAAAAUAUCACCUGAGACCCCAGCGGCACGUUGGGAAAUUAAUGCUCCAGCCAGUGUACAUCCUUUACCACGUCCUCCAGGGGCUGGCACACCUACACAAACCACUUCAACCUCCCAAGUUUUGUCUGCAUCUGAUCUUUCAGCAGCUCCUAUGCCAUCACAAGCCACUCCAAUUACUACUCUUUCAGGAAAACCUGAAUUUCCUGGAGCUAACAUUUCCGCACAGCCCUCUGCUGUUUCUCAGGUUGCAGUGAAACCUGAAUUGUUGCCCAUUAAAUGUCAAUGGAAAAAAGGAAAACUUAUUGGGAGGGGGACAUUUGGAAGUAUCUAUGUUGCGUCCAACAGAAAGACUGGAGCUUUAUGUGCACUGAAGGAAGUUGAAAUUUUACCAGAUGAUUCAAAAUCUGCAGAGAGUAUGAAACAGUUGGAGCAGGAAAUUAAAGUUCUCAGCCAUCUAAAGCAUCCAAAUAUUGUCCAGUAUUAUGGUAGUGAAAUUGUUGGCAAUAAGUUUUAUAUAUACCUGGAAUAUGUUCACCCUGGUUCAAUCAAUAAAUUUAUUCAGGACCAUUGUGGAGCUAUUACAGAAUCUAUUGUUCGCAAUUUUACUCGUCAUAUUCUAUGUGGGUUGGCUUAUUUGCACAGCCAAAAAACCAUACACAGGGACAUCAAAGGUGCUAAUUUACUUGUUGAUGCAUAUGGAGUGGUCAAGCUUGCUGACUUUGGGACGUCUAAACAUCUUAAUGGGCAAGUUGCAAAUCUAUCCUUGAAGGGUAGUCCACAUUGGCUGGCUCCAGAGCUCUUACAGUCUGAGAUGCAGAAGGAUACUAGUAUUGAUCUUGCUUUGGCAGUUGAUAUAUGGAGUUUGGGCUGUACUAUAAUUGAAAUGAUGAACGGAAAGCCGCCUUGGUCUGAGUAUGAAGGGGCUGCGGCAUUAUUCAAGGUUUUAACGGAGACUCCACCAAUACCAGAAACACUGUCAGCAGAUGGUAAGGAUUUCUUGCACUGCUGCUUUCGUAGAAAUCCAGCAGAGAGGCCAACAGCUAGCAAGUUACUUGACCAUCCGUUUGUGAACUACUCCCAACAGCCUGAUGCUUGUACCCAGCCCCUUAAAGAGUUCAGAUUGACGGGCCUGCUGCACAAGACACGCAGAUCAAGAAGGGAGCUGGUGAACAAGUAAGAGCUGCAUGAUAUAUUGUCACCCCACUUUCCUUGUCUUGUACUUGGAUCCCGUACGUGCAAACUCCAAACAUUGGGAUAUAAAGUUGAACAUCUUCGACUCAGCUCAUGUGUGAUACUGCUCCUCGGGUGAGACAUUCCAGCAAUGUAAUCACAAGACAUACUGUUGAAGGCUCUUCUGUUGUUAUCCUUCCCAAGCUUGGAACUUCCUCCAGACAAGGCCCAUACUCCACCAAAUUCUAUCGGACACAGUACGGCAUAUCAAACAUGGAAAAAUGGGGAACUGCUGCAUUCUAUUUUCUUUUUUCCAGCGUGGCAUUUCCCUUAAGAUCUUAAGUCAUGACUGUCGCGAUCCUCCCCAUCUGCUCUUUUCGGUAAGCUCAGGGAGUUGGAGCCUGCUUUUUUCGUUCUUGUUAAAGAUGACAAAUUGAGAAAGCUUCAAUUCUGGAAUUUUCCUUGGACUUUGUAUUUGUAGCUUUAUGUCUUUGUAUAAUACGGAGAAUAGAGCUGCAACACAAUGAAUCGGAAAAGAGACAGUACGGCUAUGUAGAACCCUGUAAUUGUCUGUUUUGGGUGUAAAUCUUUCACAGGCAUGCUGAAUGAAAUCAAGUUAAUGGGAUUC